AUGCCAGGACUCACUGCCCGCAAAGGACCGGCAGUAUCACUGGUCCAAGAUCAGGACAUUGUGCUCACGACCGAAGCUGGCUUGUCUGACCUGUGCAUUACCAUCAUCGGCUCUGUCGAUGACGAUGGCGUCAAACAUGUCACAGACCUGCUCGUCAGUUUAGAUAUCUGCGCCAAGUCACCUUACCUGAAGGCUCUCCUCGAAGCUAGCAAGGAUAAGACAGAGCUUACCUUCGGUGGUGACGCCACAUCCGACUACGACGGUGAGAACAAGGAGGGUACUCUCAUCUGGCUCGCCCAUCUCCAUGAGCUCCCCGAGCAGCGACUGGAAGAGUUGGGUCUCUUCAAGGGUAGAGUCUCGCAUGUGGGAGUCUGGCAUGCGAUAUCGCUCUGGGACACCCGUCAAGAAGGCAACAUCAAAGAGACUUUGGGGCCUUGGUUCAACAAGUGGUACGAGAAGAACAUGGCCAAAGUCGACCUGACUGUUCCGACUGCUCGAGCCCUCGCAUACCCUUGCUAUAUCUUCGACCAUGCUGUUGGCUAUGCACGGGUCACCAAGUACCUCGCCUAUGAGCAUGUUGGACACGUCAAGGAGCGUCCGCCGAAGGGUUUCAAGGGUCCCAAGCACCUUCACAUCAACGAGCGCAUGUUUGUCGGUCCUCUAAACCAUGCCCGCGGAGGCCUCCGUAACUCUCUUCACAAGUCACUCUAUUCGCGCGUCGGCAGAAUCCUUCGUUCCGAGACUUCGCUGUGCUCCUGCUGGGAUGCCACUAUCGGUCGUUACCAGCUAGCCCUCACCAAGUGCGAUGCUUGGCCAGUCGACGAUGUCCUCAACUACUCCAGUAUCGGCCAGGUCGUACGUCGCCUCAAGGCUUUCGAUUACGCGUACACUGCGAAGUGCAAUCGCUGCCGUAGCAUCGACUGGGAGAGCACCGUCCUCAAGGCGAUGUCCAACACGCUCGGAUACUUCAAUGGCAUGUGCCUUGAUUGUAUGGACCGUAGCAAACCUCGCGGAGAUAACUUGGACGACGAGUAUGAGAAACACAACCGGUCCGUUGGAGGUCGCUGGGAUACAAAGUGCCGCAUCAAGCAUGGUCAACCUACCUGGUACAUAUCCUGGCUCGGUCGACCGGACCUCCGUGAGAAGAUUCUCCGAGGUCCUGACGGCUACCGUGCGCCGGAAGAGGAUUGA